ACUUAUCCCCCUCCCUCCAUUCUUUCUGUUAAUGAUAGUGACAGUUCAGAAUGUAGUCUGUGAAAGUUCACGGUAUGACAGUCUAUUUUAUGGUGGUAUUAGGUAUGUAUUGACUAUUGUAUCUCUAAAAGGCUAAUUUUAAAAAUUCACUUCUUAAAGUGAUGAUUCCAUCUUUGAGCCUUUACAGUUUUGGAGCAGCUAGUUUUCUCCUUUUUGGUUUGCUUUUUUAAAUAAUUUAGAAUUGAGUUUUGACAACUCUUCAAGAAGCCUUAUUUAAUAAAUCUAGAAAAAUCUAUAUAUCCUGAUUCUUUCAAGAAGCCUUACUUGAGAAAUCUACAACCAUCAUAUUGUUUUUAAAAAGAUAGAGUAACAUGUCUGGCUCCCGCUCUCACAGCCAUUGCAGUACAUUGAGCUCCAUAGAGACAGCGCCGGGGCAAGUGCGAGCCAGCUGGGCACUGGGUGACUGUGUGCUCACUGAGGAAAGUAAUUAAACAUGGGCAAAGGAGAUCCUAAGAAGCUGAGAGGCAAAAUGUCAUCGUGUGCUUUCUUUGUGCAAACUUGCUGGGAGGACCACAAGAAGAAGCACCCAGAUGCUUCAGUCAACUUCUCAGAGUUUUCUAAGAAGUGCUCAGAGAGGUGGAAGACCAUGUCUGCUAAGGAGAAAGGAAAAUUUGAGGACAUGGCAAAGGCAGACAAGGCUCGUUACGAGAGAGAAAUGAAAACUUAUAUUCCUCCUAAAGGGGAAACAAAAAAUAAAUUCAAGGAUCCCAAUGAACCCAAGAGGCCUUCUUCGGCCUUUUUCUUGUUUUGUUCUGAGUAUUGCCCAAAAAUCAAAGGAGAGCAUCCUGGCCUAUCCAUAGGUGACAUUGCAAAGAAGCUGGGAGAGAUGUGGAAUAACACUGCUGCAGAUGACAAGCAGCCUUAUGAAAAGAAGGCUGCUAAGCUGAAGGAGAAAUAUGAAAAGGAUAUUGCUGCAUACUGAGCUAAAGGAAAGCCUGAUGCUGCCAAAAAGGGAGUUUCACAGACUACAUUCUGAACUGUCACUAUCAUUAACAGAAAGAAUGGAGGGAGGGGGGAAAAGUAAAAAUAUAAGUUUUUAUAUAAUGACAUUAAAUAAGCAGCACAAUGAAACAUAAAUUCCUGAACUGAAAAAGGGGGAGGAAAGGAACCCUCUAUAUAUUUAAACAUAGCUACUUAAAUUUGUGCUUUCUUGAGUUUAUCCCACCACCACUUAGCCCAUCACUACCACAUUCCUUCUCCAAACCCAAAAUACACACACACACUACCGAAUGUGUCUUUAGAUAGUCCUGUCCUGGUUGUAUUUUCAAUAGCCACUAACCUUGCCUGGUACAAUAUGGGGGUUGUAAAUUGGCAUGGAAAUUUAAAGCAGGUUCUUGUUGGUGCACAGCACAAAUUAGUUAUAUAUGGGGAUGGUAGCUUUUCAUCUUCAGUUGUCUCUGAUGCAGCUUAUACGAAAUAAUUGUUUUUCUGUUAACUGAAUACCACCCUGUAAUUGCAAAAAAAAAAAAAA